CCAUACUCUAUGUGUGUUUGUUUAUGUGUAGUGUAGUUUAGUUAUCAAUUCUGUACCGAUUUAUCUUUCUCUUUUUCAACAGGUUCUUAAAUUCAAUGUUUCAUCUAAUAAUUAGUAGCUGACUACAAAAGGCACAUUUAAGAGCCACGUUUGUAUUGUCAUUUUCCCUGUUCUCGUUUUUGUAUUGUUCUCUCUCCCUAUCUAUUCUCCCCUCUCUUCUCUUAGUGGUGUGUUUGUCCCUGUGCCCUUUUAUUUGUUCUGUGCGCCAUGUCAGAUCCUAAGCGGAACCAACUUUUGGACGAGAUCAACUGUCUUGUCAACCAGGCAGAAGACAUGGAUGAACUCCAAAGGCUGCAUGAGGUCACCAGCAUGCAACAAGAGGCAUCAUCCAUCCAGCCUCCAACUGUGAAGUGGAUUAAGAGGGACAGUGAAGGGAACAUUGUUUAUGGGAGGCCAAGAUUCUCCAGAAAGCAAGCAGAGAAUUUCCUUCAAGAGCUAAAGCGCUCACUGGGUGAAGGUUUUGAUGACCAAGAAAAACCACUGCAAGCCUCCAGUGAUUGGUCAGUAAGAAAAAGUCUUGUCUCAGGGUGGUGGGAGAAAGUGAGACCCCGGUUGGUGGAUAAAAUGGUGGCCAAGCAGCAUGUGGCAAGUCCAAUCUGCCAGAAAUGUUACCUCAGUCCAGCCAUGAUCCACUGUUGUGAGUGUCGACCACACCCCUUCCUCUGUGCCCGUUGUGACAUCAGCAUCCACAAGGCUCAAGUCUUCCACAACAGGGACUCAAUUACAGAUGGUUUCUUUCAGCCAUUGCCUCCGACAUCCUGUUAUGUGGAGAAGGUUCUUACCCAGUGUGUGUGUCUUGUACCCAUGGAGAUGCCAGGGAGAAUAUGUAGCUGUCCUCAGAGUUUAAGUGUCAUAACUGGAAAACCCAUUUCUGUGGUUACAAUGAAUGGCCGAUAUGAUCUCAAUUUGCCAGAGUUGAAAUGUGAGGUAUGCCAAGCCACAUGGAGUGCUGGCGUGGAUGAGCUGGUCCAUAAUGACUAUUGGCCCGCUACUUCUCAAUUUUCCACAGUGUAUGCUACAGACAUCCUAUUUUCCUUUGAGGAGUUGAAGAUGGCAGCACCCGGGAUGUCCAGCCAGGCAUUUCUUAGAAUGCUAGAUCAACGAACUGUCCACUUUGGCCGUACUGGAAAGAUCAUAGCAGACAGCUUCAGAAAAAGCUUUUUGGAGUGGGAGGCUGUCCGUUUUGAAGUGGACAAAGUCUUUCGGGAAGACCACUUUAACUGCCCAGCAUGCACCCCAAACAUGCUUGCAGUCUCUGUUGAUGGGAACCGUAAGCACUAUAGAUUCAAGAGUGCAGCAAGAUCAGAGGAACAGUCCAUCUUUAAUGGUGUCUUCAUAGCCAAGGACGAUGACGUAGAAAGAUUCGUGGACUAUGUCCAUUCCUCGACCAACCAUAUCUCUGGAAGAGGUAUCUGUGGGGGACAGUGGUCAGCGGCACGAGAAACAUCACAGAAGUCUUCCAGCAAAGUAGAUGAGGAGAGCCUAGAACUUGCCGUUUGUCGGCAUGGUAAAAUGGAGUGGGGCAUACCAGGAGGGGGCUGGUUUGACUCUUGGGGAGGAGGUGGAGCAGUGUAA